CCUCCCCGGCCUAACAGGUACCGGGGGCGGGGCCGGGGCCGCUCCUCCCCCGGGCACCGGGAGCAGGGCGGCGAGGUGGCUUCCUGGGGAGCGUCACCCGGCAAAUAGGGGGCCAUGGCCGUGGCGCUUUCAGACACAGAAAGGAAAGAGCAGAAGGAAAAUAACAAUAGCACCGAAUGCAGCGAACUAGAAAUCAUGGAUUUGAAAUUCCCUUCUUCAAGAAAAUACAUUUCCAUCAGUGUGCCUUCCAAAUCUCAAACUAUGUCUCCUCAUAUCAAAUCAGUAGACGAUGUUGUAGUUCUUGGCAUGAAUCUCAGCAAGUUUAACAAACCUACUCAAUUUUUCAUCUGCGUUUCUGGAGUUUUUAUGUUUUAUCUAAUCUAUGGAUAUUUACAGGAAUUGAUAUUUUCAGUGGAAGGUUUUAAACCCUUUGGGUGGUACCUUACUUUAGUGCAAUUUGGAUUUUAUUCCAUUUUUGGACUAAUAGAAUUGCAGCUCAUUCAGGACAAAAGGAGAAGAAUUCCUGGGAAAACCUACAUGAUAAUAGCAUUUUUAACAGUGGGAACUAUGGGUUUGUCCAAUACCUCUUUAGGAUAUCUGAAUUACCCUACUCAAGUCAUCUUCAAGUGCUGUAAGCUGAUUCCAGUUAUGAUAGGCGGGGUUUUUAUACAAGGAAAACGUUACAAUAUUGCAGAUGUGUCUGCUGCCCUAUGUAUGAGCCUUGGAUUAAUUUGGUUUACUUUAGCUGACAGCACAGUUGCACCAAACUUCAACUUCACAGGUGUGGUCCUAAUAUCCCUUGCCCUCUGCGCAGAUGCAGUUAUAGGAAAUGUACAGGAAAAAGCUAUGAAGUUGCACAAUGGUUCUAAUUCAGAAAUGGUUUUGUAUUCCUAUUCAAUAGGUUUUGUGUAUAUUUUAUUUGGACUAACAUGCACUAGUGGAUUAAGCCCUGCAGUAACAUUUUGCUCAAAGCAUCCAGUUCAGACUUACGGUUAUGCAUUCCUUUUCUCCCUGACUGGGUAUUUUGGCAUAUCCUUUGUUCUAGCUUUGAUUAAAAUCUUUGGUGCCCUUCUGGCUGUAACAGUAACAACAGGAAGAAAAGCAAUGACCAUUGUGCUUUCUUUUUUGUUCUUUGCAAAGCCAUUCACAUUCCAGUACGUGUGGUCAGGCUUGCUGGUUGUCCUUGGUAUAUUUCUUAAUGUUUACAGUAAGAAUAUGGAUAAAAUCAAGCUACCUGCACUGCAUGGUUUUUGGAAAAAAAGUGUGGAAGAAAGAAAAACAAGGACGUUAUCACAAACUGUAUAGACAGUGGUUUAUGCCUUGUCUAGACUAUGAUUUACUAUUAUUAUUUUAUUGGAACAGUCUUCAACUGAUUCACUUUCCAAAGGGAAUUUUAUUAAAACCAAAGGAGCUGAAGGCAUAUUGUCUGCUUGCAGACUGCUAGAAAUGCACAUGUUUGUGAGCCCUUUCUUCAGAGCACUUGAAUUCAUCGUAGAAGGUGUUGUAGGCCGUUGUCAGAUGGCGUUGAUCAGGCAAUGAAGGACAGCAGCUCCUGGCAGACUGCUGAGAAGCUGCGCUCCAAAUGGGGACACAGUAGAAGACUAAUGUGGGCAUUUUUUAUAAUAUUGGCCAUGCGGCUGAUCUGAGAUUAGUGGUUCUUUGUCUUUGUUAAUUGUCUAGGCGGGGUAAUUUAAAUGUAAUACUGUAUUAACAUUUAAUGGAAUCUAAUCAGAACUGGUUGACCAAAAUGCAAUUUUAAAGGUGGAAUGUUUAGAAUAUGGUAUGUUGUCACUCUUUUUCAUUUUAAAUAAAAUGUUGGGGUUUUUUUGAAGUUAUUGAUGAGAUCAUCACAGAAUUUGAUAUUUAUUGUAGUCAUUGAAAUUUUUAUGGAAAUCUUAUGGUGUUCUGUUUGAUUGCUUGCAAGUAACAAAAAUGAGAUAGAGUUUGUGCUUGUAAAAGGGAGGAACAGUCUUUUAGGCCUGAACCAGGCUGAAAACAUAGAAUGAAAAAUUCGUGAUUGAAACAGUAAUGUAAGAAGCUAUUAUUUGCUUAUUUGUGGUGAAAUACAAAAUUCCGAGUGGCCUGUGGCCAUCCAUAUCAUAGUUGCGUAGAGAGACAUGGAAGCUCUCUAAAGUAUCAUCAAAUCAAAACUCUUCUUUUUCAGUAUUGGAGUAAAGAAUAACAGCAUCUGCUAAAGUAUUUUGAAUAUCUUUGUGUCAGUCUGUGUGUGGUCCUGUGAUGAACUUAAGAGGAUUAGGGUACAGAUUACAAUUCUCUUUAUUUAAAAACAGGAGGAGACAGUAUACUACCAGUCGGUCUUUUUUGUCAUGAAUUUAAAAACACUUAAAUCCAUUUGUCUCUCUGACUUUGAUAUUCAACUUGCUUUUGAAUCGCUUGCCAUCUCUUUCAUUUUAUAUACUUAACAGUAGCACUUUAAAAAUACUAAUCACCUUACAGUUCGUUUUUCUCAUGUGGCCAUGACUUUGUUGUUGUGUCCCUUAGAUGCAUCUUGGUGUGUGUUCUUUCAAAUUAGACAAAAGUAAAUUGGAUAAUAGAAUUGUAUCGUCAGGAAGAAUGUAUGAAGAAUAGAAAUAUCUCACAGGAUUGCCUUCUGCGAAAAAUACUAGUUUAUGAAGGUUUUCAAAAUGUGCAAAAUGUUUUUCAGACAUUUAGGAAGAAUUGCUGUUCCAAGGAGCCUGUUAUCAAAGCACAGACAUGAAAUGUGCCUUAAAUUUUGCCUAUUGAGUUGGUAGGUAGCAUAUGCUAUAUUAAGUAUGUUAUAAAAAAGAACAUGGAAUAACAUAGCCAUCUUAGCAUGAUGAGACAAAUAGGUGAAGAGCUACACUAACUGAAGUGCACUGUUUCCAGCACUCAGGCUACUCUGCUGUGUCAGCAAAGUCUUUCAGUCUUGCCAGGUUAUGAGAAUUUAUUGUGUGGGACAAUUUAUUUUUUUUAAAUUCCCAGCUGUUGUAUGGUUGAUUGUUUCCUGGAGAGGGUAGAGGGGUGUGAAUUUGACAAACAGAUACACCUUGAAAGAGAAGGGUGGCCUACCAUGGCUAUCCAUUUUUAUGUUGCAGCCAAAGUUUUAUGAUAAGAUAUGAGAAAGGGUUACAAUUCCAAAUUUGAUGCAAGACUGUAUUUGCCCAAGUCAAGGGGAUUGAUGCACAUUUCUUUCCCUGUAAUAGUUAUCAACUCUUUUAUUCCCUUGCAUACUUUUCAAGAAAUGAAGUUGCUCUUUCCAAUGAGGUUAAGUUACCUAUCAAGCUUAAAAGAGGGGCAGGUUUUGAACCUUUGAAUAGAAAGUAAUUACAGAACAUUUACUGAUCUGUUGGCUGGUUUGGUGGAACUUGGUAAGUCUCAGCUUUGCCAUCUGUAAACUCACUCUGUUGCUAAACAUUACUGAACUUCAGGAAACCAAUUUAUGUGAAAAGUACCAUACAUGCAGAAAGUCAUAGUAAAUAUAAUUCAUUUAGAAUCUGUUUUAUAUAAAUAGACAAGAAGUCAAUCCUAAAGUUUCUGACUAGAAUUCAAAUGUAGUAUGUAGGUUGCUGAACAGUUUAUAUAAUCCAGUUUUGUCUCUAUUUUCUCUCUUUGGAAAGUGUAGUGUUCACAAUAAUUUACAUUUUAAUUUCUUCUCUGUUGUAUACAAGACAUAAUGGAACACACAUUAGGGGAAAUUCUGAUUUAUUUUUUUAUUCACUUUCUUAACUAUGGAAAUGUAUGCUUUGUUUUACAGGUGUACUUUAAAACAUUAUUUUUGUAGACAAUUUAAUAUUGUAGGCUUAGUGUCAGUAGCAUAAAUUUAAGAGUCAGAUUUUUAUUUUCACAGGGGUGAGUCUAGUACUUGCUAAUCAACAACAUGUAAGCGUGUUAACAAAAAUGCAUGCACAAGUGAGAAGAGUUCAUAAUUUGUCACCUGUCAUGGUCUCUGCAGCUUCGUGCUUUCAUUGAGACAUUAAGAAAACUUUCAUUUCAGUGAAUUGCUGUUUGUGGAGUUUUUUUAAUAAGCUUUAUAGUACAUGCAAGUAAUAGAACCUUACAAACCUCCAUUUCUUACAAAAUUUUGUCUUAGGAUCUUCUGUACUGUAUGUGUGCAUUGGGUUUGUGUUGUCUAUGAAACAAGAAUAAGGGCUUGUCCACAAAGUAACUGUAAAUUAUUUAUUUUUCAUUUAAGAGCACUUAUAUUGGUAUGUUGGUUAAUCCUUCCUAAUGUUGCUACAUAGCCUGAUCAUAAUAACUUUUGCAUUUUAUAGUCAUUGUCUCCUGGCCUCUUUACAGUAGGCAACCACAGAAAAAACAUUCAUUCUGUCACCAUAAAAUUUAUUAUCUGUGAAUAAGUUGCUUUUUAUUCUUAAUGCUACACAACUUUGUCUUCUCCACAGAAACACUGUGAUAUAAGAACCAGUUAUAAUGAGAUUGAAGUUCACACUAAAAUUUAAGGCUGCCCAAGGUCUUCACUGAUGUCAGCAACCUACCUCUGUGACACCCUCGCCUUCAGGGGACUGAGGGAGCUCUGUUUUCCUAAAUUAGUAUGCAUUUGCAGCUGCUUUCCCAUUACAUUUUUGCAUUUAUUUGGCAUACUUGAAUACCGAAGUAAUUGACUGUGCAGUGGACUUCUUCAGUAUUUCGGUAUGUCAGUAUCAUCAAACUGCUAAUUAUUCAGAUACCUAUAUGUGAAUACAAGUGUGGAAAAACCAAUGCUCUGAAACGCCCCGUAAACCUACAGUGUUUCCUGAUACUGCAUUUAACUGUUUUUCUUAAUCUGGUUUUACCACUUGUGCUUUGAAUUUACCAAGCAUUUUAACCUAAAACUUUCAGGUUUCCAUUCCUGCUUACAUCAUACUAUUACAGACUGAUCACCUUCCAUAUUCUCUGCUUCAUGUCAAUUAUGAGUGUCUCCAUGAUUCCUUUAAAUCCUUUUUUUCUCCAUGAAAAAAUACUUUCCAUUAUUUUUGGAAAGGUCUUGAUGAGUGCAUGCAUGAGUUAACUCCUUGACCUCAUUCCAUCUUCCAAGAAAAUCUCACUUCUCCCUUGCUUGCCUUUGAGAUCUAAAGGAACAGGAAAUAAAUUAUUGCAAAUGCUCUUCUUUUCUUUAUUAAGUGCCUUCCUUACUAACCUGGUUUGUCUUAAUUGUUUCUUUUCUUUCUGCCUCCCAUGCUCCCAGGCACAAACAAGCCCUUCUCUUAUGUUUGACCACAGCUUCUUCAGUCAUGGAAACUUUUUGAAUUGUUUACUGUUCUGGAAAGAUGUAUGGAGAUGCGUGUAUACUCUGGAGGGCAGGAAAUAAUAAGCAAACUUCACAAGUUAGGGAGGUAAUUAAAUGGAUUCAUACUUUUUUUUUUCUAGAGGGAUUUUAUAUAUCGUUUAGGUAAUAGCUCAGAAUUGUUAGUGGAAGGGUUUUUUUUUUCUUUUAUAUUUUACCUGUUUAAAUUUCUUUAGAUUAAUUUUAAUAUUUAAUAUAAAACUCCUAACUAUUCAGGCAGUUUAGACAUUAAUUUUAGUCUUGCCUAUGAGGCAGAAAAAUCCUAUCUCCAUUUCACUGAUAAAGCAGAGAUGGUAACUUGCCCAAAGUUGCCUUAGUAGUCUGUGGUGAGCAGGGAAUAGAUGUUAAUACCCUCAGUUAUUCUGCGCCCCAAGUCUAACAGAGCCCUUCUGUACCUGAAAUAAAACAGUACCAUUGUAACUACUUUUCUUUUACCCCAGUAUUAGAGAUUCUAAAUUGUUUCUGUUCUAUACUAGUAUAAUUUAAAGUGAAAUUAAGACAGUCAUAAAGUAGGCUUCCUGCAUUUUAUUUGAAGCUUCUUUGCGUUGUGUGCGUUGUUAUUGUCUUGUUGAUUUGGUCUGUUUUCUGUGAACACUGCAACGGAAAACAAGCCAGAGAGAGUAGCAUUUGUAGGAGAAGCAUAAUAUCCUUCACUUCCAGGUGACUGGUCUGAAUUUAGUUCACCUCGCUACUGGUCAAAAGCUGCUGCCAUUGGAAAACUGUGAGGAAUUGUCAUGAUGUGAGGACUUGAGCAUAAUGAUGUCAUGCCAGAUCUGUAUUUUUUUGCCAUUCUCUUGUAGAGAAGCAAAGACAGUAAUGCAAUAAAGAACACUCAUACACAAAUACUCAGCUUAGAAUA